AUGACUGCUGUGCAGUGGCACAAUAACUGUGAGGCUCAGCAGUUUGUGGAUAAAAAAGGUGCUUUGGGCAAAGGGAAAGGCAGGAAACUGUAUGCCUACAGCAUGAUGAUGAAGAAAUGGAUAAAGUUUCAAAGAGAUUUUGCAAAUUUUAGGACAGCUUGCAUUCCAUGGGAGUGGAAAAUAAAGGAAGUUGAGAGUCACUUUGGCUCCUCAGUUGCUUCAUACUUUAUUUUCCUCCGCUGGAUGUACGGCAUGAACUUGGUCCUCUUCAGCUUGACCUUUGGCCUGGUUGUGAUACCAGAGGUCAGUGUAUACCUAUACGGGCUUCCAUAUGGAUCCAUUCCUCGGAAAACUGUGCAGAGAGAAGAGCAAGACACUGCUAUGGACUAUUCUGUUCUCAUGUAUUUCAAGGGUUACUGCAAGUACUCGGUACUUUUCUAUGGCUACUAUAAUAACCAGUGAACCAUUGGCUUCCUGAAGUUUCGUCUCCCUCUGUCUUACCUCCUGGUGGGCAUUGGGACCUUCGGGUAUAGCCUCAUGGUUGUGAUCAGAACGAUGGCUAAAAACGCAGGUGUGGGGGGAGGGGAUGGAGAAGACAAUGAGUUCACCUUUGCCUGGAAGAUGUUCACUAGCUGGGAUUAUCUUAUUGGAAAAGCUGAGACAGCCGACAAUAAAUACGCCUCCAUCACCACCAGCUUUAAAGAGUCCAUUGUAGAUGAGCAGGAUAACAUUCAUCUAUGGAGAUUCCUACGUGUUCUAGCCAACUUUCUCAUCACCUGUACCCUGGGAGGAAGUGGCUAUCUCAUUUCUGGAGGAGGUUGUCCCUCUCAGCCAAAUGGUGAGUUUGACAUAAGCGGCAACGUGCUUGGUUUGGUGUUUAACCAAGGAAUGAUCUGGUAG